CAGCCAAGAAUCAUUAAAUAAUUGUUAAACUGUUUCUCUAGAGUCACCGACGGGACUCGCUGUUAUUUUCCAAUCAGUCAGAGGAAAUCGCAGACCUGGAUCCAGCCAGAAGACGAUCUCUGACCAUGUCUAGCCAAAUACAAGCUCCCAAAAAGGACGAAAAGGGUCGAAACAUCCAAGUGGUUGUUCGAUGCCGGCCUUUUAAUGCAGUCGAGCGUAAAUCUAAUUCACAUGGAGUGGUGGAGUGUGACCCCGGCAGGAAAGAGGUGUUGGUGAGAACUGGUGCGGUCAACGAUAAAACGGCCCGAAAAACCUACACCUUCGAUAUGGUCUUUGGUCCGUCAGGAAAACAGAUCGACUUAUACAGGAGUGUUGUAUGUCCCAUCCUGGAUGAAGUCAUUAUGGGCUAUAACUGCACCAUUUUUGCAUACGGACAAACUGGCACAGGAAAGACCUUCACAAUGGAAGGUGAACGAUCUCCCAAUGAGGAAUUCACCUGGGAGGAGGAUCCUCUGGCCGGUAUCAUCCCUCGUACUCUUCACCAGAUCUUCGAGAAGCUCACCAGUAACGGCACGGAGUUCUCGGUGAAGGUCUCGCUGCUGGAGAUCUAUAACGAGGAGCUGUUUGAUCUGCUCAGCCCUUCACCUGAUGUAACUGAGAGGCUGCAGCUCUUUGAUGAUCCCAGAAACAAGAGGGGUGUCAUUGUUAAGGGACUGGAGGAGAUCACAGUGCACAACAAAAACGAGGUGUAUCAGAUCCUGGAGAGAGGAGCUGCCAAGAGAAAGACUGCAUCCACACUGAUGAAUGCUUAUUCCAGUCGUUCCCACUCUGUGUUCUCUGUAACCAUUCACAUGAAGGAGAUCACUCUGGAUGGAGAGGAGCUGGUGAAGAUUGGAAAACUGAACCUGGUGGACCUCGCAGGUAGCGAGAACAUCGGCCGCUCCGGAGCCGUGGACAAGCGCGCCCGUGAAGCCGGCAACAUCAACCAGUCUCUGCUGACGCUGGGCAGGGUGAUCACAGCUCUGGUCGAGCGAGGCCCCCACGUGCCCUACCGCGAGUCCAAACUAACCCGCAUACUGCAGGACUCGCUGGGUGGGCGCACCAAGACCUCCAUCAUCGCUACCGUCUCCCCGGCCUCGAUCAACCUGGAGGAGACUCUCAGUACGCUGGAAUAUGCUAACAGGGCAAAGAGCAUCAUGAACAAGCCUGAAGUGAACCAGAAGCUCACCAAGAGAACGCUCAUUAAGGAAUACACGGAGGAGAUUGAGCGCCUGAAACGCGACUUGGCCGCCACUCGAGAGAAGCACGGUGUCUACCUCUCGUCCGAGAACUACGAGAGCAUGAACAGCAGACUGCAGACUCAGGAAGAGCAGAUCACAGAGUACACGGACAAGAUCGCAGCCGCCGAGGAGGAACUCAACCGGGUGAUGGAGCUGUUCACAGACAACAAGCAGAGGCUGGAGCAGUGCAGCGAGGAUCUACAGGAGAGGAGUCAGCAGCUGGAGGAGGCUCACAAAGACCUGAAGGAGACCAGUCAGAGGCUCACUCAGGAGGAGUUCAUAACCACUCAGCUGCAGACCACAGAGACUCAGCUAUACGAUACUGCAGGACAGUUGCUGGACACGGCGGAGGCCAGCACAGUCGACGUGGGCGGCCUGCAUGCCAAGCUGCAGCGGGUAAAGGCGGUGGAGCAGCACAACUCCACCGUUCAGCAGAGCUUCUCAGAGCGCAUGGAGCAGAGCUGCAGCGGAAUGCAGACCGCACUGCAGGAGCAAAACCUCAAGCAGUCCUCCAUGCUGGAUCAUUACCACAACGCUGUGGGGGAGCUGCUGGGAGGAACCGGACGGGUAUUUGAGGAGGCGCUGGGCUCUGUGCUGCGCUCCUACACUUCUAUGAAAGGGGCGGUGGGUGAAGGAGUGGACGGCUGUAAGAGCAAGCUGCUGCAGCUGGAAGGUCUCACUCAGGAAGGUAGAGACACAGUGCUGGAAAUGCUGGAUCAGCAUAAACUUCAGCUGGAGGACGUUUUACUCACAAAGGCGAUGCCCGCCAUCAGAUCAGUCAUGGCAGUGAAUGACAGCCUUAAACAGACACUGCAGAGAUACGACGCUCUGGCUGGACAGUUGGAGGGCUUUAAGGCGGAGAUGAGCACAUUUUUCACUGGCCAUGUGGAGGCUGUGGCGAGCAUGCGGGAGACCGCAGUACAGGGCUUCACUUCGCUCCAGGCUGAACACGACAGUCUGAAGAAGCAGAUCAACCAGGCCAGCAGCCAACACAAGACGCGUGUGGCUCAGCUCCUUCAGUGUAUGCAGGAUCAAAUGAACCUCCUGGUUCUGGACACUCAGACCGACUUUGAGGGGCUUGAAGAAGCAUCGGACUCACAGAAAACACCAAUGGAGACGCUGAAGAAUACGAUACAGAUGAAAUGCACCGAGGCCGAACAGGAAUCCUCAUCAGUCAGCGCUCGUCUGGGCUCAUGUGUGAACGGUGUGAUCGAGGAGAUGAACGGAGUGAUGGACGAUGGACGGACGGCGUUGGAGGAUUGUGCUGGGUACUGCAGCCUCUUACAGAGCUCUUUGGAUUCGCUGUCCGACUCUGGUCUCCAGUGGUGCCUCACAGCCCGAGAUUCCACUGAGAAACGAGCUCAGGAGCAGCUGAGCCUGACUGAGGAGAACAAAGCUGCCAUACAGGCCCUUCUGCAGCGUGUAGAAGAGCGCGGCCAGGCUGCUGUCGAUGAAUGCCGGUCCCAUCUCACUCCAGUGCAGCAGGAGAUGGAGACGCUGCUUAGGAAAGUGCAAAGUCAGGUGGGAGAAGAUCAGGUCGCCCUCCAGCAGCACAGAGAGGAGCUCUCUACCCUCGCCACCCAGACUCUAGAUACGGUCAACAACUUCCUCAGUAAUGAACUCCAGCAGGAUCUGCCCACUGGCACAACGCCAAAGCGCAAAGACUACGUGUACCCCCGUGUACUGAACCCUCUGAGAAGCAGGACAGAGCUGGAGGACGAGUAUAGAUCUCAACAGGAGCAGCUGAUGAACACGCUCAGUCAGUGUGACGACCUCGGCGAGGAAGAGGAGAAACCUGUCGACCAGGACUCCCUGGAGGACGAGGUUAGUGGCUCGAGUGACAGUAACACAACGCAGCAGUCUAUACUGGAUGAGAAUCUUGUAUGCUACGAGGAGGGAAGGGUUCCCUUCUUUAAGAAAAAGGGGAAAAGAGAAAACCUGAACAACAAAUCUCUGAACCGCUCGAAAGUGGCAGAAAACGAAAGCACGGUGACGACUCCUCGAUCCAGAUUACCUCUCCGAACUCAGAAUCAGUGAUUUCUGUCUCGAUGAGCUCUCACCGUAGUCCAGUUCUUUUAGAAUUUUAGUGCUUAUUCUUCCGCUCAUAAUGUGUCCUCAUAUUUAACUGUCUCUAUAUUUCUUCUGACACGAAUUUAAAUUUUUAUGUUUGUACGUGCUUUAUUCUGUCACUUAUUUCAAUGUUAAAUAAUAUGUUCAGGAUGUUGUACUAUCAACGUUUGUUCACACGGUUGAAGUGGGUAUUUGUGUUCAGUCUGUCGUCUUGUCAUUCAGAAAAUGAAGAACUGGUGCUGAUUUCAUUACUUUUUUUGUUGUUUUAAUAAAAAAAAGAUCUCUAACCUAAUAAAGAUUUUAAGAUA